AUGUCACCUAUUCAGAUGACGCCUUUGAAAGGCGACAUACGCUACACCCUGUCAAUCAAGGCACUGCCUCUGCCGGUCGAUGGGGUCGGCUGGUUCCCUGGUAGACUGGGAGGCGCUGAACUAACGAACGUCGAGGACGAAUACUCUCACUAUACGUUGGUUGAAGGCGGACUACA